AUGGCGGGGCAGUCGUCGACGUCUGCGCGACGUCCGCUCAUCCCCGAGAACUUCAUCGAUGUACCGUCUCAACGACUUUAUUAUCUUAGCCUCGGUCUGCUCUUACAGGCAAGCAUCUAUCUGCCUUUGUGGUCGCUGGCUCACAAUCCUUUUGACGUCCUCCAGAACUUCUUUACUAACGACGCGAAACACUAUUGCAGGAAGUGGCUUUGCAUCGACUUCGCUUAUAUUGUCGUGCUUUCGCAACUGCGAAUUCCGCGGUUAACAUACGGAAAGGCCACAGUUUUAGUGCAAAUCCUCUUGCUAUGGUUUGCAGACGGACUGUUGUUUGGGGGAAUAAGUCUGAAUUUCGGUCAAAGGUCGCCUGACCUGCACACGCGUUCAAACCUUCAGCGUACGUGGUCGAAACGAAUUGAUUUGACUUCUACUCCAGAACCAUUCUACUGGACGGAUAUGUUGUCGCCUUCGAGGCUUGUGUCGCUCUUCUCUGAUCGCCGCGACAGGAAUCAGCACCUAUUGGGACAACAUACCGUGCACAUGUCUCCAAUAAGCACGGCACAACUCAACCCGGACGCGCACCCUUUCUGCCUUUCCCCUCCUGGACAUAGCGCAUUUGUCCCCAUCCUUGUCAACGGCACUGCCCCUUCCAGUGUCAGAUACUCUUUCACACCUUUGACAUAUAUCGAGGGACAGCCCGGUACUGGCCGCAUAGAGCAUGUCGAGAUGAACGCGAAAGAACUAAAGGCGAUCGCGAAGGCACGGCUUGAAGGCCUUCAAGUUGUCCGUUUCACCAGCUCAGGUGAAGACGAAUACGAUGAAUACGACGACGGAGACGAUGGUCCCCUUUCCUCUGAAUUACAUCAACGGAAAACUGAGUCUCUUCCUCAUAUACGUGUCACCAAACCAGGGACCGUCCGGCUAGAUAGGGUUCUCGAUAGUUCUGGGAUUGCUGUCAAACUAAUGCAUCCUCUGGAAGUUACGGUUGUUCCGUGCCCUACGGCUCAGUACACCGAGGAUUCAUUGCAGAGCACAGAAAGCGAAAUCCGCUGCGCAGGAGACAACCGCUUGGACCUCAUGAUUGAUAUUCGUGGUGUGCCUCCGCUUAGCCUGAAGUGGUCCAAGGAUGUCAAUGGAAAGAAAGAGACUUUCGUCGUAGACAAUAUUGAAGGUGGCAAUAAUGCCCAUUCGUCGUCGGGCGAUUUACGGGAAGUUGUUCGUAGAACACGGACUCCCCAGAAGUUCAAAGUUCCUCUAUCCCUUUCCGUCGAUUCACUGGGGCGAGUCACCUUCGUUCUCGAGAGUGUCAUUGACUGUCUAGGAAAUGUUGUUUCACUCGACCAGGGGAAACCUAGCGAAUCACCCCGUACUGGAGUAACUGUAGACUCCAAAACAGUAAAAUCCCUCAAUGUCUUGUCCCGUCCUCGUGUUUCCUUUCGACAGUGCGGACCUGGAAAUCCGGCAUCACUCUUGAUUGGGUCUGAGAGCUCUUUAUUCCUCGGGGUCGACGAUGGUGAUCAUCUGGAUGCUCCUUGGACCGUCCACGUCACGUACGAUUCGUCCGAGAGUACCGCAGGCCUGAAACCGCAAGACCUGACUCUGCAAGCAGAAGCGAACACGAGAGUGUUGAGUUUCGGCGUUAGUGCUCCCGGAGAAUACACCAUCACCGAUAUCAAGGGCAAGUUCUGCGAGGGCGAUGUCCUUUCUCCAGACACGUGCAAAGUUGUUCAGAAACCCCUCCCUACGGCUGAGAUUGAAUGGAAGCGCAUCCACGAGUGUUCAGGGGACACGGGCGUCUCGGCGGCACUGAUUCUCCACGGCACCCCUCCCUUCCAAGUUUAUUAUCGCACCCAGCGCGAUAACGAGAGUCCCCGUGACCUCGUGAAAACAUUUACUACAUCAAGAGGGACAAUCACACUUCAGCCAGAGCACAGCGGGCAUUAUUAUUACACGUUUCUACAGCUGAGUGACUCUAACUACAAGAAGAUACCACUCGAUGGGCCUAGCAUAGACCAAAUUGUUCAUCCGCUGGCUGCCGCCGGUUUUGUCCCGAUUUCGGCAGGACGGAACAAAAUGGUAUUGAACAGUUGUUCUGGAAAUGUGGUAGACGUCGACGUCGAUCUCAGAGGAACACCACCGUGGAAUCUUGAAUUCCAAGUAGUUGGCCCGCGUAGCACCGACCCCCUUGUCAUCCGCGACAUCAGUUCGUCACCCGUGCGCGUGCCAGUGCCGAUACCAUCCGUUGUUGAUAAAGAAGGUGGCACGUUCGAAGUUGACUUAGUUGCUGUGGAAGAUAUGUAUGGAUGUAAACGUCCCGUUUCUGUCCCAGGUAUAUCCGUCAACGUCCGGAGAGUACUGCCUAGUGCAAAGUUCUAUAGCAAAGAUGGUCACCGUCAGGUUACUAUACUGGAAGACGAAUCAGCUGGACUGCCGUUACGGCUUACUGGUGACGGACCCUGGAAAGUCAAGUAUCGGAGGGUGGAUACUCCGGAUCUAAUUCAGACUGUAGUCCUUUCUUCGCCAAACGAUUAUCUCCGUGUUAGAGGGAAAGGGACGUAUGAACUCGUGGAAGUCAAUGACAUGCAAUGUCCUGGAGCUGUUGUUCCAGGGGAGAAUACUUAUGAAGUUGAUUGGGUACCACGACCAUCUGCGAAGUUGGACUUGCACAUGUCGGUUGUAUUUGAGCCUUACAAUCGUUCGCACAUCCUUCCUCCAAUCUGUCAAGGUCGUGACGAUUACGUUGAUCUUGAGCUUUCUGGACGUCCGCCUUUCCAAAUCAUGUAUAACGUGGCAACAAAUGCGGAGUCUGGAGGCGGUACAACCGUGCUAGACCAACCGACAAUCAGCAGUAUUCAGCAUCGCACGCGUUUCCAGCUGUACACGUCUACACCCGGUCGUAAAUACUACGAAGUCAAACAAAUAGGCGAUGCCGCUUACCCACUCCACAAGCACACGCAUACAUUAAUCCCUCGCUCAGAACGCCUCUUAUUUGAACAAGAAAUUCUUCAAAAGCCCUCUGCGAAGUUCAAGUCGGACAACCGUCUGUCUUACUGCCUUAAUGACGUCCUGAGCCCCAAAGAUCCCGCAUCGCCCGACGGCACUAUCUUACUUGAUGGAACUCCUCCGUUCCAACUGCAACUCUCAAUUAAGAACCUUGCUGCCAACAAGGUCAGAGUGGAGACUGUUGAGGUUAAUGACAAGAUUUGGAGAUUGAAUCUGCCAUCUUACUACUUCACCUCUGUCGGACCUUACCAAGUCACGAUUGAUUCCGUCCUUGACUCGUCUCGCUGCGAGCAGGCGACAGUCGACCCCUCAUACCGAUCCAUUUGGAUAGACGUUGCCGAAACGGCUGCAAUCAUCCCUCUUGAAAAGAAGAAGGACUUCUGCGCUGGUGAUAUCAUCCAGUUUGAGUUGGAGGGUACUCCUCCUUGGACCAUCGGGUACCGGAUUAACGGGAAAUCUUACACCCGGGAUGCCAAAGUAUCACCAUUCUCUAUUCUUCAACAGCAGAGUGGCGAUUUCACGAUUACGUCGAUUGCCCAUCAACACAAGAUGUGUAAAGCGGCCAUUACCAACCUGCAGAUGACAAUACAUCCUCUUCCCUCGGCUCUGGUGGGCCACGGCAAGCGCAUAUACCAAGACAUUCAUGAAGGCGAUCAAGCUGAAAUCGUCUUUACUCUAAUUGGCGAACCUCCGUUCACGUUCACGUAUCAACGUUCCGAACCCAGCCCUAAGAAAGGGAGCAAGCCGGGCAAGGUCCUUGAGACCCAUACCGUGUCGGGUGUCACUACGCAUGAGUAUUCAAUAACUUCUGCGGUAGAAGGUACUUGGACGGUUACUUCCAUUUCCGACCGUUACUGCCGAUAUCCCGCCUUGCAAGCCGAAUAA